UAUUGUGUCUAUGCAAAGUUCUGGAAUCAACCCCCAAGGUCCCCCACUCCCUUCAAAAUCCUCUCUUUUAUCCUACACUCUAAUCAUAGUCCUUCCCCAUCAUCAUCGUCAUCAACCACCACCUCCACCUCCCUCAGUAACAUAGAGAGAAAAACAAAACUAUCAUAUACCCACAUGGAUUUGCAAUGAAAGUGAGAGAGUACAAUUAUGCGAACGCUUUGUGAUGCUUGUGAGAGUGCGGCGGCUAUAGUUUUCUGCGCCGCUGAUGAGGCUGCACUUUGCCGUGCCUGUGAUGAGAAGGUUCACAUGUGCAAUAAGCUAGCUAGUAGGCAUGUGAGGGUUGGUCUUGCAAGUCCAAGUGAUGUGCCACGGUGUGACAUAUGUGAGAAUGCGCCUGCUUUCUUCUAUUGCGAGACAGAUGGAAGUUCCCUUUGUUUGCAGUGUGAUAUGUUAGUUCAUGUUGGAGGUAAAAGAACGCAUGGAAGAUAUCUUCUGUUUAGGCAGAGAGUUGAGUUUCCAGGAGACAAAUCUAGUCAUGGUGAAAAUCCGGGUUCACAACCACUGGAACCAGGUGAGGCUAAAAGAGGGCAAAAUCCACUUCCCAAACUAAAAAUGGGAGAGAAGCAACAAAAUCACAGGAUGCCUAUGGUUCCAACGCCAGGACCUGAUGCUGAUGGCCAUACCAAGAUGGAAACCAAAAUGAUUGAUUUGAACAUGAAGCCUAAUAGAAUACAUGAACAAGCAUCAAAUAAUCAGCCAUAAAUGAUGCAACUAGGAAAUGCAGUUCUGACAGUAUCCUACAGCAAAAAUCUAGAAAGCUUCAUUUUGUUCUCAUGCAUGCUAGUCACAAGGAUGACAUGCUCUGUUAGCAUCCUGUUGUGGCAAAUGAGGCACCAAAGUCUUUUGAGGAGUUUGUUGGCCUAUGUAGGAAUUUAAUUUGGUAGUUCAACACAUAAUAUCUGUAUUCCAAAGCAUUGUUAACUGUAUAUCUAUGAUAACUUUCAAUGAAUUGUGUGUUGACUGUUGACUUUUGUUUCUGGCUUCAGUUUUGUAUGGCAUUACGUCCCCUAGAAAAUUCAGGGGGAAAAGAGUUUUUAUUUGUUUAUUUUUAAAUAGAAUGCGACAAUGAGCCAAACCAUAUUUGAUGGUUGAAAUUAUAGCUUGUUUGAGGCA